AUGAGUGAUCACAAUUUUAUCCCAUUAAAUGACAGCAAGGCUUCCGGAGAGGCAUCACCCAAAACACUCCAGCAUCACGAGUUGCCAGCUACCCAUAUACCGAAUAAUGUCAAGCAGAGAAACUUGCAGAGCCUUCUGCCUGAUAUUCAUCUUGCUAGGCUGCUCUUCGAACAUUAUAUUCAGACUUCGGACUGUCUGCACCGCGAGAUUCAUGUUCCUUCCACGCGUGCCCUACUGGAGGCUACCUAUACUAAGCUAUCGGGAUCAAUCAUGGGGUUAGAUGAAACGAUUGCCUUCUUCCUAUCCAUCUUCGCAUCCAGUACAUUUUAUGUUUGCCAUUCACACUCUCACCCUCACUCAAUUUCUGAUCAACUGAAGGAUGCAUCGAAGUGGCACAAUGCAUGGAAGGAGGCAGUCAUAUGUGCACUAUUGCAGCCAGAUGCGAUGCGCUCGUUGUCACUAGUAUCUCUGCAGACAAUAUCAAUCAUGACAUAUUUAAUAUGGGACACGGAAGGCCAAUCAUCCAUGUUCCAUGCCCUAAGAAGUAUCGCACAUACAAAGGCGAUUCAAAUGAAGAUUCAUCGCCUCGACGCGCAUCCCCAUGUAGACAAUGAUGACGUUAUUGUAACGGAGCUCAAGCGCCGUCUUUGGUGGCAUCUUGCGUCUACUGACUGGCUUGUUGCCAGUGUUCCCGGAAGCCAGGAGGGAAUAUAUAGCAUCAACCCAAAGCUCAUAGCGGUCAAAUAUCCCCUCAACAUAGACGAUACUGAUAUUCGUUCGGGCGAACCAUCGCCAAAUUCUCUACCCGAGGACCAGCCAACAUCAAUGUCAUUUUUCAUUCAACGUAUUAAGCUCGCUGAGCUAUGUCGAGACAUGAUAGAUUCUAUGCAAAACGUCUACCAACGAACAGAUCAACCAGAUGACGAGCAAAUACGCCGGACUAUCGCAUCGUUUAACUCAUUCGAAGCAAACUUGCCAUGGUUCUUCCAAAUGGAUGAAGAAAGCAUAUAUAAAGCGACUGUAUUGGCUUCCCGCCGCCCCUAUAUUCUCCGGCAAAGGCACGUGUUAUUGUUUGGGCUAUACUCGCGAGUUGGCCGCCUGCUAAGGCCACUUCGUAUUCGCGGAGACAACCAUUCGUCGUGUUUAGAUCUGGUCAAUCUUGGAAUAAACUGCGCUGAGAAGUUAUUGAAUAUUCGUCAUAAAGUCGAGCCAGAAGAUCUUUGCCUCUAUUUCCAUUCACACAGUAUAGACCAGCACUCAUUUGGUGCCCUGCUUCUCUUGACCAUUGAUAUUAUGCGGGAUAAUGAUGAGCCUCGUGCACAGGACAGAAAGAAAAACUUGAUUCGUACAUGCAAAAUGCUGAGAGAAAAGCAGAUAUCGUUGGAAAAGUCUACAAACAGCAUGACCCGAGCGCUUGACCAAUUAAUGGGUAUCGUUCAGAAGCCAUGUCUAUCCGUGGACGCGAACGGUAACCAUUCUCGUCCAACGUUGCCUUCAUCGCCACAUGAUAGUGUCAGGCUUCCGACACAACCCGUCUCUUCUGAAGAUAUUCAGAUUCCAGGAAGUCAAACAGCGUCCGCUGGGAAAGCAUAUGACCCAGAGGAACAUGCCCAUAUGCCGUUUACGUCGGCGGAUAACUUUCAGUAUGCUCCUGAGCAUCCAGCCAACAGUCCUGCGGGCCAAGAUAUUACCGAGUUAUGGGCGGAAUUGCUGAAUAGCUUUCCUAGCCCUCCAGGGUUCACAUGGGAAGAUGCAUUUGACUGGAAGUGGUCUUGA